GGACUCACUGGUUCUCCGCUCUCUCCUCCUGUCUCCAGGGGUCGCUGAACUAACUCUCAAGCUGGUGUGCGGGGUGGCGGAGCAGUGGCCGCCCAAGAGCUGGAGUCACCAUGGCGGCCGGAGUCGCAGCCUGGCUGCCCUUCGCGCGGGCUGCGGCCAUUGGGUGGAUGCCGGUGGCCAACUGCCCCAUGCCCCUCGCCCCGGCAGACAAGAACAAGCGGCAGGAUGAACUGAUCGUCCUCAACGUGAGCGGGCGGAGGUUCCAGACGUGGCGGACCACGCUGGAGCGCUACCCGGACACACUGCUGGGCAGCACGGAGAAGGAGUUCUUCUUCAACGAGGACACCAAGGAGUACUUCUUCGACCGGGAUCCAGAAGUGUUCCGCUGCGUCCUCAACUUCUAUCGCACAGGCAAGCUGCACUACCCACGCUACGAGUGCAUCUCCGCCUACGACGACGAGCUGGCUUUCUAUGGCAUCCUGCCCGAGAUCAUUGGCGACUGCUGUUACGAGGAGUACAAGGACCGCAAGAGGGAGAACGCCGAGCGGCUCAUGGACGACAACGACUCGGAGAACAACCAGGAGUCCAUGCCCUCCCUCAGCUUCCGCCAGACCAUGUGGCGGGCCUUCGAGAACCCGCACACCAGCACGCUGGCCUUGGUCUUCUACUACGUGACUGGCUUCUUCAUUGCCGUCUCGGUCAUCACCAACGUGGUGGAGACGGUGCCGUGUGGCACGGUGCCGGGGAGCAAGGAGCUGCCGUGUGGCGAGCGCUACUCGGUGGCCUUCUUUUGUCUGGACACCGCCUGCGUCAUGAUCUUCACGGUGGAGUACCUCCUCCGGCUGUUCGCGGCGCCCAGCCGCUACCGCUUCAUCCGCAGCGUGAUGAGCAUCAUCGACGUGGUGGCCAUCAUGCCCUACUACAUCGGCCUGGUAAUGACCAACAAUGAGGACGUGUCGGGCGCCUUCGUCACGCUUCGGGUCUUCCGCGUCUUCAGGAUCUUCAAGUUCUCCCGCCACUCCCAGGGCUUGCGGAUCCUGGGCUACACCCUGAAGAGCUGUGCCUCUGAGCUCGGCUUCCUCCUCUUCUCCCUCACCAUGGCCAUCAUCAUCUUUGCCACUGUGAUGUUUUAUGCCGAGAAGGGCUCCUCUGCCAGCAAGUUCACGAGCAUCCCGGCCUCUUUUUGGUACACCAUCGUCACCAUGACCACACUGGGAUAUGGAGAUAUGGUGCCCAAGACGAUUGCAGGGAAGAUCUUCGGCUCUAUCUGUUCCCUGAGCGGUGUCCUCGUCAUUGCCCUGCCGGUCCCUGUGAUCGUUUCCAACUUCAGCCGGAUUUACCACCAGAAUCAGAGAGCUGAUAAACGCAGGGCACAAAAGAAGGCCCGCCUUGCCAGGAUCCGUGUGGCCAAAACAGGGAGCUCCAAUGCCUACCUGCACAGCAAGCGCAAUGGACUCCUCAACGAGGCACUGGAGCUGAUGGGCACCCCGGAAGGAGAGCACAUGGGCAAGACCACGUCACUCAUCGAGAGCCAGCACCAUCACCUGCUGCACUGCCUGGAAAAAACCACUGGGUUGUCCUAUCUUGUGGAUGAUCCCCUGUUAUCUGUACGAACCUCCACCAUCAAGAACCACGAGUUUAUAGAUGAACAGAUGUUUGAGCAGAACUGCAUGGAGAGUUCAAUGCAGAACUACCCAUCCACACGGAGUCCCUCACUGUCCAGCCACCCGGGCCUCACGACCACCUGCUGCUCCCGUCGUAGUAAGAAAACCACACACCUGCCCAAUUCCAACCUACCGGCCACCCGCCUGCGUAGCAUGCAAGAGCUCAGCACGAUCCACAUCCAGGGCAGCGAGCAGCCCUCCCUCACUACCAGUCGUUCCAGCCUUAAUUUGAAAGCAGACGACGGACUGAGACCAAACUGCAAAACAUCCCAGAUCACCACAGCCAUCAUCAGCAUUCCUACUCCCCCAGCGCUAACCCCAGAGGGGGAAGGUCGGCCACCCCCUGCCAGCCCAGGCUCCAACACGAACAUUCCUGCCAUAGCCAGCAAUGUUGUCAAGGUCUCCGCCUUGUAA